CUUUAGUUAGCCGGCCAGGUUCUGUAGCACAUGAGAGAGACGAAAAUUAACAGCUAAGAAGUUGUUGAGAAUUUAUUUGAAUAAUGGCCGGAACGGCUUCAGUGGCUGGUGAAGUGUUCGUGGAUGCGUUGCCGUAUUUUGACCAAGGUUACGAUGCAACAGGGGUCCGAGAAGCGGCUGCGGCAUUGGUCGAGGAGGAGACCAGAAGGUACCGACCUACAAAAAACUAUCUGAGUUACCUUCCCACGCCCGACUUCUCUACUUUUGAAACGGAUAUCAUGAGGAAUGAGUUUGAGCGGUUGGCAGCUCGUCAGCCCAUGGACCUCCUGAGCAUGAAGAGAUACGAGCUGCCGGCUCCGACAUCGGGGCAGAAGAACGACAUCACGGCCUGGCAGGAGUGUGUGAACAACUCCAUGGCCCAGCUGGAGCACCAGGCCGUCCGCAUCGAGAACCUGGAGCUCAUGUCUCAAUACGGAUCCAACGCUUGGAAAGUCUACAACGACAACCUGGCCUUCAUGAUUGAGAUGGCUCAGAAAGAACUUCAGAAAUUCAGGAAGAAAAUCCAGGAUUUGAACUGGCAGCGUAAGAACGAUCAGCUGGGAGCCGGAGCCAAACUGCGAGAGCUGGAGUCCAACUGGGUGUCGCUGGUCAGCAAGAACUACGAGAUCGAGCGCGCCAUCGUGCAGCUGGAAAACGAAGUUGCUCAGCUGAAGCAGCAACAGGGCGACGAGAACAAGGAGAACAUCCGGCAGGACUUUUAGAGGAGCCUCGUCCUCACGGCCGUCGGGAUGAGAAUCCUCCGUAAGACUUUUGUCUGUUUGGACUAAGAAAGGAGGAAAACCGUGUCCACACCAAACCUUACACCUGCUGCACCAACCACGACGGACCAUGCUAGAUUUCUGGUAACCUAUUUUCAAGGAUUGAUUGAGAUUUUGUACUUUUUUCUCGAUGAUGGAAGACAUUUAUCAACUUCUUUUAGGCUGAACAUUAUUAAACAUUAAAACACAUUCACUCAUUUCAGCAGUUUUUUUCCUGCUGUGACGUCACUGCAGAAGCUGUUGACAAUGUUUUUUCUUCUUUUUAAGUCCUUUUUUUGUGCUGCUGACACAUUGGCGAUGGUGUUUAAUAUUUCAUAAACGAUUCUAAUGAUGUUGGAACGCAAAUGUCGGUUAAGUUAAAAAAAAAAAGUCAUUUAAAUUUUUUGGUUUGUCGUUAAAUUACACACAACAAAUGAGUGUAGUUUCGUCAAGCCUGUUAAAGACUAAUUUCUCUUUUUUUGUUUGACAUUUUUGUUGUUUUGUAAUGUUUCAAUAAAGUAAACUUUUCAUA